AUGUAUUCCACUUCGAUGCAGAAGUGCAUCGUGGAGGGCGAUUCUCGUGGAUACGGCCGGGAGAUGUUCAAGUCCCAGCAGAAGCUGAAGCUCACGAGUGCCGACGCGAUCUACUGCUUCGUCUCCGGACACUGCAACAACACGCAGGUUACUGAAAAGACAACGAUGCAGGAAGCUCAAGGCAUCUGCAACAAGCUUUACGGACAGAGGUGGACAGAACUCGGCUGGAAGGACUACAUGGCGGUGCUGGCACGUGCCCUGGAGGUUGCGACCAAGCACCACAUCCCCAAGGAGUGGAACUUCACCGGAUGGGGCUCCCUGGUUAAAAUCGCCCGUCAUGAGGCCGGGAUUUCAGCAAUGACAGCGUGUGCAAUGGGAAACUUCCAGUGUGACGUUACCUACUGCCAGAUGAACUAUUGCCACAACGACCGAUUCCGAGCAAAGUUCGGCCUCGUUUUUCAAAGCGCGUGGCUCAAGCAUGAUUGUGUCGUCGCCGUGCAAGACAUGAGAGAAAUGGUCGCCCAUGAAGAGCAAGCAAACACAGAGCACAAGUGCAAAGCGUCAAACCGAUUCUGUUGCGAACAGCAACAAAGCUACCCUUGCGGCAUGGAAGAAGCACAUACACAUGACCUGCCUAUCCUUCCACACAGCUACUUGGCGGAGCAGAGGGAAACGGGUGCAACGCGUGCAGUGCUGUUGAAGUUUUUGGAGCAAGUCUUGGAUUCGCCGUCUCUGCGAGGCCUGAUCGAUCCUGACCCACCACGUCAGCAGGCGAUUCUUCCAAGGGAGGAGGCGGAUUUUUGCGAUUACUUUUGUCAUUGUCGUGAGCCAAGACUAGCAGCUGCAUCUUUGGGAGGGGUGGGAGCAAAAGGGCUGUGCUGCCUGGUUGUUGAGCUGAGCUCGCGCCCCUCCUAUCUCCACGAGUCUUCAUGUGCAGUGAUUGACCGCGGCCCGGCAUGCCUUGUCGAUGACAUCGAGCAGGAAGGUCUGGAAUCGGUCAGUGCUAUGCAGCUCUCCACGAGGUUUGCAUCGCACGAAGCUCCCGAGUUGCCGAUGCGACUGCACCAGGGGCUGGUCGAUCUCAGGGCCAGCAUGGUGCUGAAACAAAUGGAGCUGCUGCGGAUGGUGGACCGGCAGCUGGAAGAAGCGAAGCAGGUCAGUGUCCACGGGAGCGCUUCAGCGUCGGUGUCGGUGAAGCCUCACAGUGAAAGCAUCACGUUCCGGUCGAACUUUGGGACCCCGGUCGGCCCAGAGGAAUUGCAGACGUCUUCUGCGAUAUCGUCUGCGGAAAGGACACAUCUCAAACAGGCAGCACCGAAGAAGGCCUUGCGGGCGUCGACUGCGCCGCCGUUGGAGGAGACCGUCCAAGUCCUACAUGCGCCCUCUCCAAGAAGACGGAGGAAGAGCUUCACGGACGAGGAUGAUGAGCAGACUCCGAAGUUGCAAAGGAGCUUGAAGAGCAGCGACGAGGAUUCCAUCAUCUUCGAGAAUAUUGUUCCCGGUGCGGCCACCCCCUCCAAGACCCCAAAGAAGUCCAGGACUAUUGCCAGCGCAGCGUUGCCAUCCCUUUCGACCAAGCGCAGGCGCAUGUCCUGGUUCACCAAGCAGUCCGAGAGGGGAAGCAAGAUGAAAAACAUGCAGGUUACAGCCAAGCCUCAAGUCGCACGUCUGAGUACCGCGGAGAAGGACUUGGCAGAAAAGGAGGGCCAAAAUCAUUCUGUUGGCCUCUUCGGCAAGUACCACAAUGAGUACUCGGUGGCUCAAGUCAGAAAGAAUGUCGAAGAGGGACUCGAGUGGGAUCGCAUGGACAGCAUGAGAGCUGAGAACCGCUGCCUGACGAUCGUCCGAAACCCGUGGUUUGAGCGCCUGACGUUGUCCGUCAUCUUCUUGAAUGCCGUGGAAAUGGCAAUCAACGCCGAAUUCAGCGACUACACGGUGAUAACUGAAGCGGACCCGAUCUUCAUUGUAGCAGAAGUCUUGUUUUGCAUCUUCUUCACUGUGGAGCUUGUCAUCAGAUAUGCCACCUAUAUUUCCACCUGCCAAGCAUUGAAAGACGCGUGGUUCUCCUUCGACUUCUUGCUGGUUGUGCUUAUGAUUGCAUUCGUAGACUUGCUUCUUUUUAUCAUCUUGCUAACAUCUGACAUUAAGAUGGAUGUGAGCUUGCGGUGUUUGCCAACCGUCUAUCGGACAUGCGAUCUUCUUGAGGUCUUUCCACUUCUGAGUGCGGUCGGGCAGGGCGGAGACACUCUCAACACAGCCAAUGCUCUGCGAGUGGCGCGUGUGCUGCGAGUGCUCCGAACCGCGCGCAUGGCCCCUCAGCUGCAAAAGGCCUUGUCAAAGAUCGACCAUCUUGUGCAGCUGACCCGUGCUCGUUUAGUGAAGCUGAUGCCAGAGUUGAUGAUCCUCGUGAAGGGCAUGCUGGUGGCCUGCCGUUCAGUCUUCUUUACACUGGUCCUGCUGCUCCUCAUCACUUUCGUCUUCAGCAUCACCUUCAUCGAGUUCAGCCGUGGCCACCCAAGCUUGGAAAAUGAGUAUUUCUCCUCUAUGGGCACUUCUAUCAUGACGCUGAUCUUGAGAUGCGUGCUUCCAGAUCAGGAGGUCUUCUUCAAUAUCAUCGCCUCAGAGAGUUGGCCGCUGGCAGCGCUUGUCUUGCUGUUUAUCCUACUCGGAUCCUUAACGGUGAUGAACAUGCUGUUGGGCGUCCUCGUAGAGGCUGUGAAAACGGUUUCGACGAUCGAGCGAGAACAGCUGGAUGCCGACUUUGCCAGAAAAGUUCUGUGGGAGCUCAUCGACAAGGAGGGCGAUGAGGAUGGGGACAACUUACUCUCAGAGAAGGAGUUCGUGAACCUCUUGAAGAAGCCGAAGGCAGCCCGAGCCUUGAUGAGCCUGGGCGUGGAUGUGUCGGCUGCUUACGACUACGGCAAGCUGCUUUUCGAGGAUGGUGAGAAGGCAUCCUUCGUGGAUUUCAUGCAAGCUAUGCUGACUCUUCGUGGCUCGAACAAGACCACAGUGAAGGAUAUUGUCGAGCUCCGCAAGUUCUUGUCUGAGGAGUUCCAUCAAGUCGAGACGUUGGUUUGUGAGCUCUGCAACUUCCUCGGCGAGAUUAUGGAACCUACUUCCACGUCACAGUAUGCCACGCCAAG